GUCUGCGUCAGUCGCGCAACGAGCGCUAUACUACGAAUACGUCGGGUGGCGUCGCGCCAACCCGUCGCGUGCUAGUGUUGUGUCAUAGCGGUGGGCCAGGUCGGUUUCGAGAUUUAUUCGUUCCGACACAAACAUGGCUCUCAACUCGGACGGUGAACAGAAAUCGAACCUGGUCCUCCGCGUAGACCAGGAUUCUGAUUCGGUCUUGCAGUCAUUAUUCGAUACAGUGCUCAAACCCGAUUCUAAACGACCGCUACAGGUGCCUCUGCGUAUGCGACAGCUUCCAAAGUCGUUCUUUAACCCGCCGUCGACCGGUUCCAAGUCGCCAUCUGUGUCUCACUCACGAGAAAACUCGGCUGAUUCGGCAUUUGGAUCGUCGUCUGCUACUGGUGCUGCUCCUGUUUCUCACUCUCGAGCACAUUCUUCACCAGCAAGCUUGCAACAGACGUACGCAGCAGGACAACAAAAUCAACAACCACCACUACCACACCAACAUGCUAAGCAAAGGUCUUAUGAUGUCGGAACACAUAUCCCAGAUGAUCUGGGUCCAUUACCUGCUGGUUGGGAACAAGCCCGCACUCCAGAAGGACAGAUAUACUAUCUCAAUCACAUAACGAAGACAACAACAUGGGAGGAUCCUCGCAAGACCCUGGCUGCACAGACGGUGGCGGCGGGCGUCCAGCACCAGAGCGCUGAAGCGUUACUCACACAGACACCCGCCCCACAGCCUAUACCACCUGCGACACCAGCAGCGAAGAGUACAAGCACUAACACGACGACAGAUCCUCUCGGGCCAUUGCCAGACGGCUGGGAACAGGCCACGACUCCAGAAGGGGAAAUUUACUUUAUCAACCAUGCCGCCCGGACGACAUCCUGGUUUGAUCCUCGAAUACCGCAACACCUGCAGCGCACGCCGGCGGCUGGUGCGAGUGCAGCAGGCGGCGGUUGGGCCAACGCUUCGAUACAAGCAUGCCAACAGAAGUUACGCCUGCAGUCCCUACAGCUCGAACGUGAACGGCUCAAGCAACGCCAGCAGGAGAUACGGCUCCAGCAGGAAUUAAUGGCGCGGCAGUCGUCGUCCAUCGUGUCGUCCCUGGCGAGCAGUACCGGUACGGCGAGCACAGACCUCCCUCUGGACCCCUUCCUCUCGGGCUUGACUGACCACCAGCGGCAGGAGUCCGCGGACAGCGGGCUCGGCAUGGCGGUGACGCAGUCGUCAUACUCCAUGCCUCACACGCCGGAGGACUUCCUCGCCGGCAUGGACGACCGCAUGGAUUGUACCAGCGAGGCCGGCGCGAACCUCGACACGGCCGACAUCACGCUCGGCGACACCGACGACUUGGUACCCUCAUUACAACUGGGAGAGUUCACAAACGACAUCCUGCUGGACGACGUUCAGUCGCUGAUAAACUCGACGCCCAGCAAGCCGGAGAACGUGCUGACCUGGCUGUAGACGCCGCCACGUGCUCACGAACUUUGCAUUACGUAUUACGUCAGAACAUGGAGUACUUACCGCAUCAUACCAUCGACCAGUCCCAGCAGUGUCGGUGACUGAACGGUAUUGGUGUAUAUUUUACUAAGCAAAUGACAGUAAAUAGCGUAACGUGUGUACAUGAUCGGACGGUUGGGGUGAUUCCUGUGUGGUUUGUGUGAAUUGUAAUUGACGUUCGACAUCUGCCCGAGUCACCGAGAGCGACUCGAUGGCCGGACUGGCGUUCGUACGGACGACGGUUUCCACGGUCGCUUAUUAUUCAGAAUUGGUUUUCAUGUCUCGGCAUUUAUCUGAAUGAGAUAGGAACGCAAAAUUCUGCAUGAUAAGUAUUCUAAAAAUGUUUAUACGGCUUAUUUUUCUUGUAUAAACGCGGCGUAUCGCCUGUCAAUUAGUAGAUAUAAAUAUUCGUGUACCUUACAUAUUUUUGAUGAUAUGCGGGCAUUCAAUAUACCAAAACGUCCACUCACUCAAUAUCGUACUGUUUUUCUUCAUAAAAGUACUUCGAUUUGAAACUAAAUAUCGAAACUGAAACCAUAAGCAAUAUAAAGUCUACAGCCAUGACUAUAUUACUGGCUAGUCAUUAAAUAGGAAGUUCUACCGCUGGGUAACCGGACUAAGGGCAAAUGCACUCGUUGCAAACCUUCUUUUAUAGAGGAAAGAAGUAAAAUUGCAAUAAAGUUAGCUGGGCAUGCUAGGUUUCCCAUACUCUUUAAAUCUAGACUAUCGGAAAUCCUACCUUCCAAUGAAUUAAACGAUGAUGUUUUUUUGAAGAGGACGAUUUGUAUAAUUUAAUUGAUGUAACUUAGAUUGUGAUAACAUCUUGACUUAUCAGUGCCUUAUUGUGCCUUUAUACAAUUUAUUUAUUGUGUUUAAAUUAAGGUUGAUAUAUUUCUACACUUUUACGAAUGGACUAUUGAAAUAGAUAUGUAUUAAUAUGGAAACAAAUAAAACUACUUAUGUACUUUUUGUAGUAAUGUGUUUUGUCUACUUACACCGUCCUUGUGUAUUUUUCGAGAUUAUGUUAGGAUAGUGAUAGGUUAUCGCAACCUAGUUAGAUAUUUUGGCAACUAUUAAGUUUACUUAUUAUACAUUAUGUUUGGUUCGAAAUGUUCGAUGUAUUUUUGCGUGUGUAUGGGUGCCGCUAGGUAGUAACCAUUAGACAAUAAACAGUACUCAUGUAGUUGCCGCAACGGAGUGCUUUUAUGUUCUAAACUGGAUGUUAUGUUUCUGAGAGUAUUAGUUCAUUUUUGAGUUGGGUGUAAGAGUUCAAUGUUUCCUGCUGCCUGCGAUUACUCCACUCAGAAACGCUUUGCGCGUUUAUUUGUGAACUGAGAGUGUAUAAAACUACUCCACGUUGUAAUGUAUAAUAACUAUGCGAUUUAUAAUAACUGCGGUUUUUUCUAUCCUCCAAUAUUUUUAUGAUUGUAAUAAUCUGUUCAAAAUUGCGUUUUAGCCCACCUAGUCUUUAGAAUUUGUACGAAUUCAGUUAGAUUGUUUGAAAAUAAUGUUGAAAUUAGGCCUUAAAAUUAAAUUUAAAAAUACUACAUUGAAAACUUUGCCAUAUUAGUAAAAGUACUUUAUCCUUGUAAGAAUUUAUUGUAAUUUUCAGCUAUAUAAAUAGCAAUAAAUAGAAACUGUGUAACUUUUAUAAUUAGGUGUAACGGUGCUGGGUUAAUAAUACAUAUUAUUUUGUAUUCUGUUGAUCAUUCGUGGUACUUUAUUUUGUAUUUGUCGUGUAUUAAUUCUUGUACUUUUUAAGUAACAAAGCUUUUCAUAUUGUUCGGUUCAUUAUUCAAUAUUUGCUUUUUCCUUUUACCCUUAGAUAUUAAUUUGUAUUGAACUGUAGCGUCGUUUAUAUUUUUUUAAUGUGGCUGCGUCUAUUUUGUAUUUAUUUGUAAGUAAUAAACAAAACAUGCACUACAUUAUGUAAACACCUGAGAAAACAUAGUAGGAAUUAACUGUGAUGAACUCGGUUACUGCCGAUAGGUCGACCUCUAACAUUUUUAGGAAUAAAGUGUGACAUAUUUGUAUAUAAUUUAGUGCUUCGAUUUAUUAAAAAAAAAAAAAAAAACUAACUUUGACAACCAAAGAUUGACAU